UAUAUUCUAGUAACUUUGAAUCGCAAAGCAAAGAGAGAACACGUCUUUUUGAUUCUAAAACUUAUACUGAUUUAUUUGACUGAAAAUUACGUCUCUUUAUACUGAAACUUAUGUUGACUUUUACUUUAUUAUCUAGUAUGCAUUGCAUUGUUGUAUUCCACUUAACCAAGUGGUCACCAGAUUGUAUGAAAACAUAAUUAGUAAAAACAUGUGUACGUCUGUCAUAAAAAUUGUGUACACGCCUAUUUAAGAAAGUGGGAGAGAAAACAAUUGUGUAGGGAUUACGUCUGUGCUACAAAUAAUAUGGUACACAUGUGCAUGAGGGAUGCUUAUCUAGUUUUCUACUUUUACUUUAUUAUCUAGUAUGCAUUGCAUUGUUGUAUUUCCGCUUAACCAAGUGGUCACCAGAUUGUAUGAAAACAUAAUCACUAAAAACAUGUGUACGUCUAUCAUAAAAAUUGUGUACACGCCUAUUUAAGAAAGUUGGAGAGAAAAAAAAUUGUUUAACCAAGUGGUCACCAAGAUUGUAUGAAAACAUAAUAAGUAAAAACCUGUGUACGUCUGUGAUGAAAAUUGUGUACACGCCUAUUUAAGAAAGUGGGAGAGAAAACAAUUGCGUAGGGAAUAAAAGAGUUAGAAAAGUGCGAGGGAUGCUUAUCUAGAUUUUUAUAAGGAGAAAAAAUUUGAAUUAUUACCAAAUAAGGACAAAACAACUGUAUCAAAUAAUUAAAAUGGUAAUCUACAGUUUGCUUGUUUGUGGAGGAAAACAAAAUUGAUUUUUUUACCAAAUAAGGAGAAAACAACUGCUCCAAAAAGAAAGGAGUGGGGAAUUUUCUAUUGUAAAGAGAGUGGGGGUAUUUUUUGGAAAUUUGUAAAUAAGCAUUUUAUGUGUUAUAUUGAAGUAAAAGUAAGCAUAAAUUCUAGUAUAAAACACGUAAUUUUCAGUCAAAUAAAUCAGUAUAAGUUUUAGAAUCAAAAAGACGUGUUCUUUCUCUUUGCUUUGAUCCCCCACCCGUGGUAAGAUCGAUUCAAAGUUAUCAGGAUAUAAAUAACGGGAAAAUUUAUAAGAAAUAUUAAUAGUUCAUUUUUAAACCGACGAUUGAGAAUAUUACAAUGUAUUUCUCAGAGGCAGAAUACUCCAUUUUCACAUUGGAUGACUUUGCAGUCCGGGAAGCGAAUAUGUUGAAUCAAAAUGUAUUCAAACCAACGAAAAAACUGUCGGAACUUAGCAUUGGAGUUAAAUACGAGAUGUUCAAUAUAGAAAAAAUUACAACAAAGUGGGGCGAACGUAUUGUAGCAGAUGUAGGAGCAUCUAAGGUUUUUCUACCAGGUCGAUACUCAACUCUCUCACCAAGCAGCUUGAUUGCUAUGUCAGGAGGAGGAUAUGGUUUUGAAAUCAUCAGAGCGAUCGGAUCAAUGUACGAGAUCAAAUUCGUUAAACUAAAGUAGUUCAUUUUUAUUCCUUCACCUUCCUGUAAAAAUAUGUAAACUUAAUAAAACACAAACAAUUAAUCUUAACAAAAAAUAUUGUAUUUUUAUUUUUUCACAUUAAAGCAACUUUUUUUUAUCAAUCCAAGAGUUGUGUUCUGCUGGAAAACCCAACCAUUUCACAAACACUUCAUUUCCUCUGGAUUUUAAUACUUUUUCCACAAGAAAUAGAUACAUCUGGACAGUUUGUUUUCAUUAGUUCUUCUUUAUAAAAACCUCCUUUUAAUAGUUGUCCUUGAUAAUCUUCUAGAUGAUAUGUUAUAGGUUUUGAUAAUUUUACCGCUCUAAUUUUAAAAAUUUCCGUUGUCCAGUUGGGUGUGUAACCUUUUUCGAAUGCAUGUUUAUACUUGCUUAUUCGUACACUAUCACCAAAUUUAAAUUUAGGUUUGCGUAUAUAUUCCGUUUGAUUUUUAAAUAAUGGUAGUAACGCUUUAGAAUUAUUUUUAUUAACACUAGCAGGUUGACAUUUUAUGGUUCUAUGGAAUGAAUGAUUGUAAUCCUUCAUUAGUUUUUUUUAUAAUAUGAAACAACUUAUAGCUCCCAUUGAAACUAAAU